AUGAAUGACACCGCCUCCCCUCAGAUCACCCUCUUCACCUCCACUGCUUCCCAGUGGGCUUAUGUCGCGCAUCUUACUCUUGAUGAAAAGGGAUAUGACCCAAGCGAGUACUCUGUAAAGCAGAUUGGUCUCGUCGAGGGAGAAAACUUCGCACCCGAAUACGUUAAGAUUAACCCAAAUGGCACUAUUCCGUCUAUGACAUCGGCCUCUCUUCCUGAGCCUCUGGUCGAUAGCGCGGACAUUCUGAAAUAUUUGGACUCUAACCGGUCGAAGGGUUCUUCUUUGUUUCCCGGUGACCCUAAGCAGCGCUCCAAGGUGGAGGAGCUGAUUGCGCAUGUCCAUCAACCGCAACUUUCAACAAAUCUCAUCCUACUACAGGCGCGCGAUGUGCAGGAAAUGAAUGCGAAGAAAGCCGGCAUUUGGAAAGUCUUCGUUGGAAACCGACAAGAAAAGCUCACUAAGUACGGUGCCGCACACCCAGAGAUUCCGUUAUACGCUUCCCGUACUCCGGAAAACGGACAACUAUACCGUCUCUACAACACUGAGAUUGGGCCUGAACAUCAGCAGUUCUUUGACGAUUCGCACCAAGGUUACAAAGAUUUCGCAGCCGGACUCAACAAGCUCGAUUCAAUGCUCGUACUGCCGUAUGCCGUUGGCGAGAAGGUGACGGCGGCAGAUAUGCACAUUGUACCAUGGUUUGCUCAUGCGCUUUGGGGUGCCGGUGGGGAAAAGAUCCAAGAUCUCCAUCCUCUGGAAGACCUCAUCAAAAAGUCUGUCCCCGACUUCAAGAUCGGCGAGAGGAUUAAAGCGUGGUGGAAGAACAUUUCGGCAACGGAGAGUUUCAAAAAGAACUACCCCAACCUACACUGA